UUUCCUAUUCUUCACUUUAUGGUUAUUUCAUAUGUUGAUUUAAUGGAUAUUUUAAGAAAGAAAUUAGAAAUUAAAUGUGAUAUUAAUGGAGUAAUUGCCAUGAAAAUGGGAUAUUAAAAGAAUGUUGAAUCUUUUUAAAUACAGGUUGAAGGUCUACCUGUUGUGUGACAGAGAGGAACUAUUACAUGUGUGAAGAUCGUAAUAUGUGCUGGAUUAACUAAAAAAAAACACUUUCUGAGGAUUAACACACUUCUAAGAUGGCACUCCAUCUGGGUGCUCAGUAUAUACUAGAGCAUAACGUUGGUAUCAGCGAUGCCGUACUGCUCCACCCUCUUACAGAGGAGGCAUUCAUUGAGAACAUCAAGAAACGUUUCAGCCACGAGCAGAUAUAUACUUACAUAGGCACAGUUGUUGUGUCUGUGAACCCGUACAAGAAGUUACCCCUGUACACCCCCGAGGUUAUAGAAGAGUAUAGAAGCAGGAACAUCUAUGAAUUGCCACCUCACAUAUAUGCUAUAUCAGAUGAGGCAUACAGAUCAAUGCGAGACCGGAACUUGGACCAGUGUAUUAUUAUCUCUGGUGAAAGUGGAGCCGGUAAAACAGAGGCGAGUAAAGUGAUAAUGCAGUAUGUUGCUCAAGUGUCGGGUAAAGGACGAGAAAUUGAUCGAGUGAAGGAACAGCUUCUUCAGUCAAACCCAGUACUUGAAGCAUUUGGUAAUGCAAAGACAUUGAGGAAUGACAACUCUUCAAGAUUUGGGAAGUACAUGGAUAUAGAGUUUGAUUUCAAAGGGGAUCCUAUAGGAGGUGUGAUUACAAACUAUUUAUUGGAAAAGUCUAGAGUAGCGUCACAGAUACCUGGCGAGAGGAACUUUCAUAUUUUCUACCAGUUGUUGGCUGGGGCUGAUCCUACCUUUCUAGAGACUUUGAAGUUGUCGCCCAAACCAGAGAACUAUGGUUUCUUGAAUAGGAGUGGCUGUAUAAAGGUGGACGCUAUAGAUGAUGCCAAAGAUUUCAAUAUGGUCAAGACUGGUAUGGAGGUGAUAGGGUUUUACCGUACAGAGAUCACGGAGGUAUUCCAGCUGGUGGCUAGUGUAUUAAAACUGGGAAAUGUUGAGUUUUCACACCGUAGUAAUGCAGAUGGUACAGAUGGAUGUGAUAUCUCCAACACUGGAGAGAUUGCCGAAGUAGCUCAACUUCUAGGAUGUUUAGAACAAAAUCUCACUAAUGCUUUAACACAGAGAACUGUAGAAGUCAAAAGAGAUAAAGUGAAGACAGACUUCAGUGUGGCUGGAGCAGUGUACGCUCGAGAUGCGUUAUGUAAGGCAAUAUACAGUCGACUAUUUUCGUGGUUAGUGCAGAGAAUUAAUGACAGCAUCAAAGUGAAAACAGAACAAACAAGAAAGGUCAUGGGAGUACUUGAUAUUUAUGGAUUUGAAGUCUUUCAGACCAACAGGUAUGAACAGUUUAUCAUUAACUACUGUAAUGAGAAACUGCAGCAGAUCUUCAUUGAACUUACACUGAAGGAGGAACAGGAAGAAUAUAUUAGAGAGGGUAUAGAGUGGAUCCAUGUUGAUUAUUUCAACAAUGCAGUGAUCUGUGAUCUCAUUGAAAAGAGUGACACAUCAGUGGCACAGAAAAACAAUGUAGGAAUUCUUGCCUUGCUGGAUGAGCAGUGUCUGUUGCCGGGUAACGUGACAGAUAAGACAUUCCUCGAGAAACUGAACCAGACUUGCAAGGACCAUCCCCACUUCGAGAGUCGAACAUUGAAGAAGAAUCAGUCAGACAGGACCUUGCCUCAUGAUGCGUUCCGCCUGAAACAUUAUGCUGGAAAUGUGACGUAUAAAGUGGACGGGUUUAUAGACAAGAACAAUGACCUGUUAUACCGAGACCUGUCACAAGCCAUGUAUGCCUGUAGACAUAACCUCAUGAAGAAACUGUUCCCUGAAGGCUACCAUAAAGCAUUGGAUACACAGUGUUUGGUGAAUUCAUUAAGGAAUCCAUCACAGAAAUCACUGAAACGUCCACCAACAGCUGGAUCACAGUUCAAGGCAUCAGUUCAAGAGCUUAUGAAGAAUCUUCUCUCAAAGAACCCAAACUAUAUCAGAUGUAUUAAGCCCAAUGAUGAUAAACAGAGUGGUACGUUAGAUUUAGAGAUUGUGAAACAUCAGGUCAGAUAUCUAGGGUUAAUGGAGAACAUCAGAGUGAAGCGUGCUGGUUACGCCUAUCGCCAGAUAUAUGCCCAGUUUUUGUAUCGCUACAAGAUGUUAGCUGACGAAACAUGGCCAUCUUGGCACGGUGACGUUGUCGAGGGUGUAAAACUGAUACUUGCCAACCAGAAAAUACAGCAAGAUGAGAUAGCAUUUGGAAAAUCCAAAUUGUUCAUUAGAAAUCCAAAGACUUUGUUUGACCUUGAGGAAACAAGAAGGGAGAGAAUGCACUUCCUGGCAACUCUCAUACAGAAAGUCUGGAAAGGUCAUGUGAAGAGAGAGCACUUCCUGUUGAUGAAGAGAAGUCAGGUGGUCAUCUCGAGUAGAUUCAGAGGAUUCUAUGGGCAGAAACAGUACAAGAAGAAAAAAGCUGCUACUCUAUUGUUACAGUGUUGUACCAGAAGGUGGAAGGCCAGGAAAGUGCUAGCAGAAUUGAAACAUGAGAAACGAUGCCAACUGGCUGCCACUGACAUACAGAAACAUUACAGAGGUUGGCAGGCAAGAAAACUCCUUGCAGAAUUAAAACAUGCAAAGCGUAUGGAAUGGGCGGCUAGAGUCAUUCACAAGUAUUAUCUGGGAUGGAAAGUCAGGAAAAACUACAAACCAAAGUUCAGAAGAAUAGCCGGACCAAAAGUUGCUCGGUUCAUGGUUGUUGCUCUGAAACGAAAAUUUCUUCUGAAUGUGCGUGACAAACUGCCGAGCUUGUCACCUGUAGAUAACAAGUGGCCAUCUAGUCCAAAGAUGUACAAAUCAGCCUCAGAUCAACUUCAAGUAAUGCACCAUAAAUGGAGGUGCCGUAAGUAUAGACGAAAACUGAGUGAAGCCCAGAAAUACACGCUACGAGAGAAGGCAACUGCUAGUGAUAUCUUCAAGGACAAGAAAGUCAUUUACCCAGAAAGUGUUCCACGACCAUUCAAGGGAGAUUAUCUGAAUAUACGAGGAGACAUGAAAUGGAAAAAGAUUCACUCCCUUACCAAUGACAUUAAUCUGGUGUUUGCAGAUCUGGUUCAUAAAGUCAACAGGGCAAAUGGCAAAAUUGUUCAACAAUUACUUGUAGUGAGUUCACAGGCUUUCCUAGUUAUAGAUCAUCGAACAAUGACAUUGAAAUACAGAAUACCUAUAGAAUUUAUAGAGAAAAUCUCACUGAGUCCAUUCCAGGACAAACUGGCUGUGUUCCACAUGAAAAAGCCUGAGAAUGGGGACAGGUUUGCGAAGAAAGGAGAUUUUAUCAUCGGCAAUGAACACAUUAUAGAGAUAGUGACCAAAUCUAGUCUGUGUGUGAAAAACAAAACAAACACAAUGCCUGAAAUCAGUAUAAGUCCACAAUGUAGUGGUCAGUUUGGUAGUUCCGCGGUACAGGUGUCCUUCCAACAAGGAGCCAAGGGUCUGGAGCCAGGAAUUCCUGGGGUCAAGGUCACCAGGAAAAAGCAUCUCAUGCUCAUAUCAGAACCUUGAUAGACUGUGAAAUUAUUACAGAAAUGUUGAAGAGGAUAAAUAUUUAUGUUGUGGAUAUUCACCAAAAUUACCAAAGAUAUUCUGUUUAUUUUUACAUUGUGUCAAAACGAUGUGGAAAAAAUAUCGACAUCUCAAUCUUGCGUUUAUUUAUACUAACUAUUCCAUUUCUAUAUUUCAUUUAAGCUCAAUUUAAUCAGGAUUUCUUUUUGUUAUUUUGAAGAAAAUUCUACAAAAAUGCACCUUAGUAGACAAACAUAUCUUUCCCAUGAGUCCUAUAUCAGAAGGGACCAAUUGUGAUAGACUCCAUAAUUACAUGUGUAUUGCAUAACUUUUUAGAAUUUAAGUCUGUAACUCGGACAUUGUGUAGAUGAGUAAUUAGGUAUUUGUAAGAAAAUAAGGAAUGAAGUUUUCGAAGUUUCGAGGCUCGGUUACCUAGUUAGCAUGCCACCCAUUGUAACUUACACAAUUAUGUCUCCCCCCAGGAGACAUAUUGUUUUUGCCCUGUCCGUCCGUACGUCACACUUCAUUUCCGAGCAAUAACUGGAGAACCAUUUGACCUAGAACCUUCGAACUUCAUAGGGUUAUAGGGCUGCUGGAGUAGACAAGCCCUAUUGUUUUUGGGGUCACUCCGUCAAAGGUCAAGGUCACAGGGGCCCGAACAUUGAAAACCAUUUCCGAUCAAUAACUACAGAACCACUUGACCCAGAAUGUUGAAACUUCAUAGGAUGAUUAGUCAUAAAGAGUAGAUGACCCCUAUCGAUUUUGGGGUCACUCCAUCAAAGGUCAAGGUCACAGGGGCCUGAACAUGGAAAACCAUUUCCGAUCAAUAACUAGAGAACCACUUGACCCAGAAUGUUGAAACUUCAUAGGAGAUUGUACAUGCAAAGUAGAUAACCCCUAUCGAUUUUGGGAUCACUCCAUUAAAGGUCAAGAUCACAGGGGCCCGAAUAUUGAAAACCAUUUCCGGUCAGUAACUUGAGAACCACUUGACCCAGAAUGUUGAAACUUCAUAGGAUGAUUGGUCAUGAAGAGUAGAUGACCCCUAUUGAUUUUGGGGUCACUCUGUCAAAGGUCAAGGCCACAGGGGUCUGAACAUGGAAAACCAUUUCCAAUCAAUAACUUGAGAACCUCUCGACCCAGAAUGUUGAAACUUCCUAUGAUGAUUGUUCAUGCAGAGUAAAUGAUCCCUAUUGUUUUUGGGGUCACUCCGUUUAAGGUCAAGGUCACAGGGGCCUGAACAUUGAUAACCAGUGCCGAUCAAUAACUUGAGAACCACUUGACCCAGAAUGUUGAAACUUCAUAGGAUGAUUGAACAUGCAGAGUAGAUGACCCCUAUUGAUUUUGGGGUCAGUCUAUUAAAGGUCAAGGUCACAGGGGCCUGUUCAUGUAAAAUCAUUUUUUGGAAAUAACUUGAGAACCACUUGACCUAGAAUGUUGAAACUUCGUAGGAUGAUUGGACAUGCAGAGUAGAUGACCCCUAUUUAUUUUGAGGUCACUUGAUCAAAGGUCAAGGUCACAGAAGCCUGAACAGUGACUUGAGAACCACUAGGCCAAGAGUGUUGAAAUUUAGCGGGAUGAUUGGACAUGCCAAGUAGAUGAUCCCUAUUGCAGCCAACCAUCAGUGUCUCUUUGACUUUCGCUCCUGACCCCUAUUGACUUCUUGCCUAUAGGACUUUGCAUUGGGGGAGACAUGCGCUUUUUUACAAAAGCAUUUUCUAGUUUAUUUUAUUUAUGUAAGUGCAUACAUAUCUUACUGGAUAGUUCUAUAAUAUACUGUGAAAUAACAAAAAAUUGUGGGCACGGAAUUUCGUGCCUUUGGCCAAAAUGGCUGUCUUGUAGGUACAUGAAUUUUUGGAUUUCAGCUUUCGAACAUGUUUGGGAAUUUUACUUGUUUGUUGGAAUUUCAAUUCAUUGACAAACCCAGCAAGGAAAUCCACAGGUAUUAGUUCCCGUACAAAUACUGAUUUUACAGUACCCUGAAUUAGACAGUAAAGAGUAUUUCAGUGUGAGAAAAUUUAACGGCUUGAACCAAAUUUGACUUGCUUGUUGUUUUCUAUAAGUAAGAGUGUACAAUCUGAAAUGUUAAUUGACAGAAUGAUUUUUUUAAGGAUUUUACUUUAUUGUAACCAGUGAGAAAUAAUUAAUCUAUUCGAAUCAAGUAACAGAAGUUUUAUCUGUAUUUCAGGUUUAAUAUAUCAUCUAAGUGAUUUGAGUUCUUAAAGUGUUGGAAAUUAUGAAAUAUUUUACCUGAAUACGUGUUUCCAUAAAGCUAAAAGUGGGCAAACAUUCUAUGCCCUAUAAGCAUGUAGUAUAACUCAAAAUAUUUUCAACAUGUUUUUUUUAUUUUAUGAGUGCUCUAUUGUGAAUUUUAUUAAGAUACUGGAUCCAUAAAGAAAUUGUCAAAGUACGUUUUAUCCAUAUGCAAUCGUGUCAUUUUCAGGCUUUAUUGGAAAGUUGCUUGUGCAUUGAUAUACUUGAUGUCCGAAGAAUGCUGAAUUGCCUUACACAAAAAGGUAGUCAUUACCUAGUUCCAUUAUGGGUUCUCUACCUUAGAUUUAGAGAGUUAUAGAUAGUUAUAAGCUGAAUAACCAGGAGGACUAGAUCUUAGUUUAUUUGUCACUAUUAUUAGACAUAUCACUUAUACAACAUCUCGGAGGUGCCUUUCAGCCAUUAUUGGGCAGCAUAUUUCUGUGACAUUGAUCUUCAUCAUUUUAAUCUCAGAGGCUUUUGUUUACAUGCAUCUUUUUUUAUGUGUAUCUUGAGAUAGGUCACAUACAUUUCUGGAAAUUGAUUGUAAGAAAGUAGAAUCUACAUGUUGUCGCCGGAGGGAUGUGUCACAUUUUUUUCAUAAAAAUAACAAGAUUUCGUAAUAUACUUUAAAUUUGUAUUCUAAAAUUAUAAAAAGAAUAAAAUGUCAGAUUUUCAGAAAAUGGUUCCUAUUUCAAAAGAAUACAAAAUAUUUCAUUGUUACAUUCAAAUGUUUGACAAAUUAAGUGUUGUUAAAAUUCCUUUUUUCUUCAUUCCAUUUUUUGGUAAAUGUAGAGGGAAAAGAAACCUUUAACUUUGUGAAUUGUGUGUUUAAAUGUUCUACCAUCAGCUGUAUGGUUAGUGAGCUUUAUAUUGUAUAAGAUGUUGUUUAUAUUUUGAUGUUAAUUUUUGUAUAUUUCUACAUUUUUGUGGGUGAAACCGAAAACUGUCUAAAACUGUCUAUGCUGUUAUAUUGGCUUGGUUGUACCAAAGGAAUUUCUUUAAAUAUACAUUUAUUAAUGGUAUCCUGUAAAUUCAGUGAGUUGUGACAGUUUUCUAUUUAAGCCUUACUUUGUUUACUUAUGUCAUUGUGAUUAUGCUAUUGUGAUACGUGUGCUGCUAGUGUUAACAUAUCUAUAGCUUUUUGCUUCUGCUAUGAAAGUUUUAAAUACAUAUAUAUAUAUGAUGUUUGCAUAAUUUAUUUGUAUCAAUAUAUCUGUUUAGUGCUAAAUAUGCUUCAUGGACCUUUAGAAGGAGUGUGCUUUGCCUGUAAUAUACAGUGAUACAGUAUUUGAGGGAUCAAUACACAUAGAAAUGAAUAAAGUUUCAGACCAUUAUUUUACAUUUGCCCCUCUUUAUGUUAUAUUUAGGGGAGAUGAUUUUGUAUUAAACAUUUAGCUAUAUCAGAACAGAGCAAAGUGGAAUGUGCUUGAUACAUAUACAUGAUAAGUUAUGUAGUGAUUUGGGGAUUUUUCUCCCUAUCUGUCAAAAUUUUGUCAGUCUUGUUGUUUUGAUACAUAUUCCUACAAUAUGAAGUGCUCUUGUUAUUAUUACUGUUGCAGAUCUGAUUGUUUUAUACUAGACUAUAAAGAUAUGACUUGUAGUUUAAUUAACGUUGUGCCAAAAGGCUGACAGGCAAUAUGUAAAUUGGAUGUAAAAAUGACAUUUUUCAUCACAGUUUUAGUUGAAAAAAGUAAUAUUUAUAGAAGCAAUAUCAGAAAAUUGGCAUAUAUAAUGUAUAUUUCCUUCCUUACCUGUUUUGCUAUUUUUGCUAGAAAACAGCUUUAUUUAACAUGCAGUAUUGUUUAGUUGCUUUUUUAAUAUUUUGAAAGCUUUGCUGUAUUUCUGUUAAUUGUGUUAUAAAAGGCUGGACCUUGAUUUAUUGGCAACUUUUACAGUUGUUUUGCUCAGUUCAUAAAUGUUUUCUUUAAUUAAGAUAAAGAAUAGUUUUAUUAAUAAAUUUAUGUUAAAGGUAUACUAGACACAAAGUUCAUAUUUGAAAACAACAAAUACCAGUACUACAUAUAGUGUAGGUAAACAUAAAAUUAUCAAGUUUAUGUGUACAUGUAUAAUAAACAGUAUUUCAUUAGAUUAACCAUAGUACAUACUGUAUGCAUGUAUGGCUCAACACAGUUUAAAUGUGUAAAACCACUGAAAAAACUGGAAGUUUUUUAAACCGUCAACUGUUACUGCAUGACAUUUAAUUAUGAAUGUAGCUGUAUAUACACAACUAAUUUAUAUAUUUAGGAAAGUUAAAUGAGCCGUGCCAUGAGAAAACCAACAUAGUGCGUUUGGGACCAGCAUGGAUCCAGACCAGCCUGUGCAUCUGCGCAGUCUGGUCAGGACCCAUGCUGUCCGCUUUCAAAGCCUAUUGCAAUGAGAGAAUCCAUCAGCGAACAGCAUGGAUCCUGACCAGACUGCGCAGAUGCACAGGCUGGUCUGGAUCCAUGCUGGUCGCAAAUGCACUAUGUUGGUUUUCUCAUGGUGCGGCUCAAAUAUAUUUGAUGAGGAUUUUUUGCAUUCAAAGUAAAUAUCUAAAUAUAAAAUAUUUUAGUGAAAGACAGCCAUUGGAUAUCUUUAAUAUCUAUUAUAUAUUGAUUAUUUUGUAAUUCCGAACAUGCAGAAGUACCAUUAAUAAGAGUAUAGUGGACCAAAGUCUACAUUCCUAAUGCUACUAAUGUAUUUACAUCACUGGUUUUGUCGCGUAAAUAAGACAUUGAAGUAUUUACAAUUAUCUACAAAUAUGUGUGACCAUUGUGAUAUUUUUCAGCUUGUUGGUAGAUUAGAAAUAUAUAUUAUUUGCUAGGCUUCUAGUCAAAGUCUGAUGAACAGGCAUCUUUGUAGUGUGCUAAAUUAAUUCAAAUAAAGUUCCAACAUAUCAACAUAUACAGUUGAACUUCGUUCGCUUGAACUUGAGGGGACCUGCAGAAUUUGUUCAAGUUACCGGUAAUAAGAACCAUCGAACAAUUAAAUCAUAUAGGGAUUUUGCAAGGACUUGACGAUGGGUUCGACCGAGGGAUGGUGUUUAUAUUAUCUGAGUUACAGUGAAAGAAGUUUGACUGUAGUAAUACAGGUUUUUUUUACUGCAGUAUUUUAAUCCAGCCUAAAGUUAUUGUCACACUGAGUUGUUUAAACUUUAUCCAAUGGGUAAAUUAUCCUCUGCUUAAAUUUGAAAAUAUCAUAUUUUGGAUCUUGUUGAAAUUGCACUUAUUUUUUCUAAAGCACAAUGUGGAUUAUUUUUUCUCUCAGUGCCGCACAUUUCUGUCCAUUUAUAACAGAUUUCUGAUGAACAAAGGUUCCCCAUGGAAAUAUUGUAUGCCCGCUUGUAUUUACAUUUAGGUCAGUUUAGUGGCGGUAUAUACAAAAUUAAUGUAGAUGUUUUAGAUAGAUGGGAUCUUAUUCUUGGGCAGUGACAGUUUUAAGAUCUGAGAUUUUCUAAUUGAAAUAUGUAUUGAAUUAGUUCAUAAGUGAUCUGCAAUAUAGUUGUUUUUUUUUAACUUUGUGCAUAAGGACUUUUUUUUUCAAAUUUAUCAAAUCUCAAUAAAAUAUUGCACAUUUGUCAGUUCCCCCACCCCCUGGUUUAACUAAAAAACUGUUGGCAGUAAUGUAUUUCAGAAUAAUUUUUAUUCUAUUUUUGUUUCACUGCAGUUUCUGUUAUCAUAGUUAUAUUGUUUUAUCAUGAUUUUGUGUUGAAGCUCUUUCUGGUUUGUGUUAUAAUCACAGAUCAUGUCAUGUGAUAUUUUACAUUUCGUUUUCUUGUCUAGUUAGUUAUAAAAGUAUGGUUAUAAUCAGAAUUUGUGUAUUCAUGAACAUCUUACAUGCACAGCUUUCAUUUCAAAAGUGCAAUUGAUCUAUUGUUUAUUGAUCAUUUGUAGAAAUAUUGAUCUGUUGGUUAUUGAUUACUUGUAGAAAAAAUUGAUCUUUUGGUUAUUGAUCUUCUAAUACCUUAGAUUUGAUUCAGAAUCCAGCUAGAGGUUACAAAACUGAAUUUGGAGACCAGUCUCAAAAUUCCAGCAUCUGAUCGGUUGCUUCUGGUCUCAGUCUUGAAAUUGACCAAUGGCAAGGCUGCAUUUUGGGACUGGUCCCCAAACUCAAGUUUUGCAGUAUUUGAAUUGGGGAUUUUUUUUGCCCAUUUGGAAUUAAGGUUUUAAAAUAUGAUGUUUUGUAUGUAUUUGUAAUUUGGAUUUGUUGUUGAUAGAGGUAUAUAUUAAUGUGUGUAUAUCUAGGUGGCCAAAUUGAUAUAAAACAAAGAUAUAUUUUGAGGCUGUUCUUGGUAUGCUAUUGCUUACAGUACAUAUAUAGAAGUAUUUUGAUUACUUAUAUUUGUAUAUUAAUAUAUUCAUUAUUUUUUAACAUUUACAGAUCUUUCUAUACCAUUCAGAAUUAUCAUCAAACAUUUUCCAUUAUAUUCAUCUACAUUACUUUAACUAAGAUAAGUGUGUGUUAUUAUCAUUUUUUUUCACCUUGAUCCCCCAGCACCUUUCACACAAGCUCUGAAAUAUGAUCAUGUACAACUUCA